AUGACAGAACCUCCGCACAAGCGCGCCCGCCGCCCAGACAGCAAUCAGAUGUGGGACGAAGCGGAUCGCCGCCUACCAACACGAGAACGAGACGAACCUCCUCGAGAACGCGAUAGGAGGGAUGAUCGAGACCGCAGGACUAGAUAUAGAAGUCGAUCGCCCCCAGGAGGUGGGCGGGAUAGAAACAGGGAUAGAGAUAGAGACCCGAGGAGAGACGAUGUGCGGGACAUGAGAGAUUCAAGAGGUGGGAGGCGGGAUGAUAGAGCUAGAGAUAGAGGUAGGGAGAGAGAUGGUGCGCGAGAAUCGAGAGAUAGGCCAAGAAAAAAGUCGAGGUCGAGGGAUAGAGAAAGGGAAAGAGAUUCCGGACGCCGAACGAUGAGGAGUAGGAGCCCAAGACCGGAGAGGGAAAGCGAUAGGAAGGAUGGAGAUAGAGACAAUAAUCGUGCCAGGGAAAGGGAAAAUACCAAGUCCUCUUUGAAACCCGACGAAGAUAUCUCUAGGAGCAGAACUGCAACCCCUCCCGUAAGUUUCAAAGUCGGCGGAACUGGGGGGGCUCAAGACCACGAUCGGAUGGAUGUAGACGCGUCACGCAAAGGAGAUAGAGGCGACAAGAACGAUACCAAGGACAAGGUUGUGGAAGACCAGAUAGAGGAUGAUGAUGAUAUUGUGGUUGAAGAUGAUGGGAUGGCUGCUAUGCAGGCUAUGAUGGGAUUUGGCGGCUUUGGUACUACGCAUAUGAAGAAGGUCGCGGGCAAUGAUGUCUCAGCAGUCAGGAAGGAGAAGAAAUGGUUAUGUUCCGCAACCUCAUACGGCCAGCGGAGCGAGAGGCUCCCUGACAGCCUCGCGUUACAGGCAGAAUCCGAUACAAUCUAUUGGCCAGCCUUUCCAAGCAACUGUGUUCUCAAAACUGCACCCCUCCCCCAAUAUCCUCUCUUCCCUCUCAAAACCUAUUCCGAGCUCCAUCCUCAUUACUGGAGCUCUGGAAAGCCAUUCUCUUGGUACUGGCUGCAAGAAAUUAUGUUGUUUACUAAACGGCUGCUGGCUGGCGCGCUGCUUUCCGCCGUGGCCGCGGCUGACGACACGGCGGUGCUGUAUAACGAGAUUGCGAGGAGUUCGAAUCAGAGCUUGCUAUGGGGUCCCUACCGCCCAAAUGUGUAUUUUGGCAUUACUCCAAGGAUUCCGAAGAGUUUCGUGGGCGGGUUGAUGUGGUCGAAGGUGGAAAAUUAUGAGGAGGUGCAGCAUAACUUCAGACAUACAUGCGAACAAGGCGAUGAUAUGAAAGGAUAUGGAUGGGAGGAAUUCGAUGUUCGAACUGGUGGCGUCCAGACGAUAUACGACCAAAAGAAUGGAAUUGAUAUUACAACCAUGUUUGUUAAGGUCCCCGGAGGAAGUCACGGUGGAAGUUGGGCUACACGUGUGAGAGGUGUGUUGAGAAAAGAUUCAUCGGCCGACCUGAAGUCGACCAUUGUCUUCUAUGCGUCUCUAGAAGGGUUGGGGUCGUUGGAAGUCGAGAAUGAGAAAGAUCCUCUGGGCUAUAAAGGUGCUGUAACGCUUAAAGGGGACUCUGAAGGCCUGGGAGAGUAUAAAUUGGUUGUUACCUCUGGCCGAGGAUUCCACCCGAAGCAUGAGCAUCCUUCGUAUGACGACAAACCCUUGGAUCGGACUAUUGUGAAAUCUCAAACCGUACCACCUGAGCAUUUGUGGCAGGCCAAGCCCAUUCUUUUCAGGAAUCUCAAAGAACAGAUUGAUGAGUACGUGGCGAAAUAUGGAGAGGAAAAUCCUCCUCCACCACCUCAGGUCUACACUAUUUCGAAUGAUGCUGGAGCCGGCAAUCUUCACAUGAUUCAAAAGGUUUUUGAGGGCGACUUUGAAUUCGACAUAAUUUUCAAUAGCGGCUCAGCGCCCAAGGAGAUUACCAGUCAGGAUAUCGCCGGGCAUAUCAACCAGGUUUCUAAGAACUACUGGGCUCGAUUUGUCUCUACUUUCGAUCCCAAGCCUCCUUUCGCAGUGGAGAACUUGCAAAGAUUCACAAGCUCCAUGUUUUCCAACCUUCUCGGUGGUUUAGGAUAUUUCUAUGGGGACGAGGUCGUUGACCGAUCAUAUGCUCCAGAGUAUGACGAAGAAAACGAGGGCUUUUGGGAAGAAACUGCUGAAGCCCGGGCAAGACACCAAGAGAAGUUAGAAGGACCAUAUGAACUUUUUACCACUGUCCCUUCCCGACCUUUCUUCCCCCGCGGAUUUCUCUGGGAUGAGGGAUUCCAUCUGAUGCCUAUCAUUGACUGGGAUCUAGAUCUUGCUCUUGAAGUUGUUAAGAGCUGGUUUAAUCUGAUGGACGAGGAUGGAUGGAUUGGCCGUGAGCAGAUCCUUGGUGCUGAAGCACGAAGCAAAGUCCCACAGGAAUUCCAGGUUCAAUAUCCGCACUACGCCAACCCGCCAACACUUUUCUUCAUACUAGACACGUUCGUCACCAAGCUUGGUGCUCUCAACGGCACCACUCCUGCUGCUAGAGAAAAGCUUGGACGUAGCGUCGAUGCUGAGCACCUCAAGAACGACGAUCUAGCUUUGCAUUACCUGAGAGAACUCUACCCUAAGCUGAAGAAGCAUUACUAUUGGUUCCGCAAGACUCAAUCUGGAGAUUUGAAAUCCUACGACCGCAGUGCUUUCAGCUCCAAGGAAGCAUAUAGAUGGCGCGGCCGUACCCCCCAACAUAUUCUCACCAGUGGCCUAGACGACUAUCCUCGUCCACAACCACCACAUCCCGGAGAGCUACAUGUCGAUCUGAUCUCCUGGGUGGGAAUGAUGACCAAAUCUCUCAAGAACAUCGCCUCCCUUCUGGAAUACGACGAGGACGUAACUGAACUUACCACCAUCGAAACAGCUGUUCUCCGCAACAUCGAUGAUCUGCACUGGAGCGAGAAAGAAAAGUGUUACUGUGACGCCACCAUCGAUGAGUAUGAGGAGAAUUCCUUGGUCUGCCAUAAAGGUUAUGUCUCCCUCUUCCCCUUCCUCACCGGCCUACUUGAUGCCAAUAGUGAGAAAUUGGGUCACGUGUUGAAACUACUGGGUGAUGAAGAGGAAUUAUGGAGCAAGCAUGGGAUCCGAAGUUUGAGCAAGAAAGACGAAUUUUAUGGGACAGAUGAGAAUUACUGGAGGGGCCCCAUUUGGAUGAAUAUGAAUUAUCUUGCUGUUGUCCAACUCUUAAAAUAUGCCCAAACCCCCGGGCCUCAUGGAGCCCUCGCCGAGGAGCUUUAUUCUCGCCUUCGCAUCAACCUCAUCGAAACCGUCUAUAAUUCCUGGCUCGAAACCGGCUUCGCCUGGGAGCAGUACAACCCUGAGACGGGCAACGGACAACGGACGCAGCAUUUCACGGGGUGGACUAGUUUGGUGGUUAAGAUUAUGCAAAUGCCUGAUCUAAGCGGGGGCCAGUGGACUGUAGGGGCUGGUGGGGGAGGUAUUCAGGAGAAGAUUAAGAUGAGUAAGAGUCAUGACGAGCUAUGA